AGUAGUGCCUUUGCAUGAUUUACAUUAUUGAUCACCCAACUUCCCUAUCUCUGUGUGCUACCCUUCUCUGCAGAUUUUAUAUAUACUUCACAUUUGGUAUGCAUCAAACCACAUAGUCAUCAGAGUUUUUACAAUGUCUUGGCUUUUGGCUCUGGUACUUUUUUGUUUAGCUCUUCAUUCGAAUGCUAAAGCUAUUACGAAAACACAGCUUCGUUCUGCAACUGUUGUUGGCACCGUCUAUUGUCACACUUGCCUACAAAAUGAUUUCUCCGCGUUGAACCACUUCAUUUCAGGGGCAUUGGUGGCGGUAGAAUGUGAUGGUACCAAACCAAGCUCAAGAUUCCGGAAAGAAGUGAAAACCAACAAGCAUGGACAAUUCAAAGUAAAUUUACCAUUCCCAGUUACCAAACAUGUCAAGAACAUCAAGAAAUGCUCUGUGAACUUGGUCAGGAGCAAUAAUGCCAACUGUGCAGUGGCAUCGACAGCAACAACAUCUUCAUUUCAUCUCAAAUCAAUAAAAGCAAGAACCCACAUUUUCUCAGCUGGUUUUCUCACAUUCAAACCCCUGACACAACCAAACAUCUGUAACCAAAAACCAAAAAUUAACAGAAACUCGAAGGAUUCUGUUGAUAAUGAUCCUUCAACAUUUCCUCCUCCACUUCGCGAUCCCCCUGAUUCGUCAAUUAUACCUCCCAUAGACAAUCCAGGCCAAUUUACGCCGCUUCCAAUACUCCCAAGGCUCCCUCCUCUACCAGAAUUGCCAAACCUUCCACCUAUACUCCCACCAAAACAAGCAACUCUUAGUAAAACCAGCAGUGACUUGAUAAACGAAAAACCAUUUUUUCUUUUUCCACCUAUAUUUCCAAACCCCUUUGCGCCACCUUUAGUUCCAAACCCUUUGCAGCCACCACCAGCAAUAGUUCCUCCAGUGAUCCCUUCACCACCGCCUUCAGUGCUUCCUCCUGUUCUUCCAACGCCACCACAACCACCGCCUUCAAUAUUCCCUCCAGUAAUUCCUUCACCUCCAACCGGUUUCCCACCUGUACCAGGAUUGAGUCCUCCAGUUGUACCACCUCCGCCACCGCCAAUCAUCCCAAUUCUUCCACCAGGAUUCCCUGGAGUACCUCCUGCAAGAACUUCAACUUCAAGUCAUUCAAAAGAGUCAAAACACCCUUGACUAAGAAAGUCACAUGUUCCAAGUACAUUAUGCAGGAAAAUAAGUACUGGUUCUUCUCUGUAAGUUUCUUAUGAUAAGCCAUGGUAAUUAUUACAUGUCAUUGCAAUAAACUUAGUUAAGUUUGUCCGAGGGCAAUUUAAUGCUUCA